UUAGCCAACACGGCUGCACUACUCUUGUGGACUUCAACAACUCCCGACGCUGUCUGCGUACUUUCUUUGCGCAACCCGAGUACAUCGUUACCAGCAGCGCGUGCUUUCGAAAAUCCUCCGGCCGAGCGGUGACUCGCUCUUGAUCUGCCCACGUACCUCCCACUAGAGGCAUCACUGGCGCGUGCUAACCCUAUCAAGUUCACCAACGCUAUAUGCUUUGAACCGCAUUGUCUUCAACCGUAGAGCUCGCCAGCUCGAGGCGCGCGACCAGGCUUAAUAGUGCCUGUCCAAAGUCUGCCUUCUAAGGGCAGCUUCCAGCCGCAUUAAGGAUCAAGCGACCAAUGAGCUGGCCACAGCGCAGCCCGCAGAGAGGCCAUGAAGCAGAGCGGCGACUUCACGGAGCUUCGCCGAGUCUUCGAGACGACCAAGCACCGGCGCGGCCAAGUCGACCUUCCGAAACCACCUUUGCGUCCACAAGUUCCACUGGUUCGGAGUCGCGGCCACCUUCCUUUCGAUCCGAAGCAUCCUCCUUUGAAGAGACUCCAGGACGUGGUGGUAGAGACGCCUCGGCUAAGGCUGGAUCUUCCCGUCGUGACCUCGAGGCUUUGCGACCGGCUCCACCCAGCCACCACUUUUCGCCUUAUCCGCCGAGACCUCCAAUCAUUGGUCGCGCUGACCGUAGCGGCGAGACUCGCCCCUUACCAUUGGGGGAACCUGGUGAUCACCACCAAUCGAUAGCGACUUCCUCGCACCCAGGGCGACCCCGCGCGUAUAGCGAUCUCGGCGCUCCAGAUGCCGAUCACUCCCUGCACUAUACCGCUCGUGAGGCUCCAAGGGACGUCUAUGAGAACCAUCAGAGGUCGCUUCAUCAGUCUCAACGCAUUUCUCCGCCCAAUCUCUCCCGUGCUCGCGAGCCUCCCUCUUACUCUGCGGCCCCGACAGGCCCAGAGCGGUACACACCCUCAAGCGACGCGUUCUAUCCGAACCUUCGGCACGGCACAUCAAAUCAAGAUGCACGCUACUCGCCUCCAAGGAGUUCCUUUGCUGGCCCCAGAGCAGGCCCACAGGUAGGCCCCAUUAUGCCACCAAAACCUGCGCAAGCGUCCUCACAGUACGCAGUGAGAAUCUCGCACACCAACUCUCCCAUUUGCAGUAACUGCCAAACGACUGCAACUCCUCUUUGGCGCCGAGACGGCCGAGGUGGUCUGUUGUGUAAGUGCCCUCAUCGUGUGGCUGACACCCAUCAGCUGCUGUGUCUGCCGCUCAUUUUUUUAGCCCUUACUUCUCUCAAAGGCAACGCCUGUGGUCUUUUCGCCCGAGUGAAAGGUCGUUCGAGACCAGUGAGGUGAGUUUGCGUGCGGUCUCUCUAGACCUGAUGCCUUCUGUAGACCUUGCUGACGCGUAGCACCGCUUGUGCUGACGGUGACGGCAGCCUGAAGACAGACGUGAUCAAGCCCCGAGCGCGGCGCAGCAAGCUCCCCGGUGGUGGCCCAAUUUCGGGGGGCGAUGCUGGUCCUUCACGCGUCGGCGUCAAUCCUCCGGUACCUGGUGAUGGGCGGAGUAGUGUAGCCGCGGCGGCUCACUACGAAAG